UCCGGCACCUUUCUCCGCCCCCCAACCCUGAGGUGUUGGGCUCCGGGUUCUGGCAGCUGGGUUCUCCUGCUUCCACCCGGCUGGUGCGGGUCGUUUUCAAAGCCUAGGGAACGCGCUUUGGCCGGAUUUGAGGAGGGGGGGCGGGGAGGGGCCUGCGGCUUGCGGCCCCGCCCCCUUCUCCGGCUCGCCGGCAGGCAGAUUGGCCCGCCUCCUCCUUCGGCCGGCCCUGGGGCCGCGUCCCCCCGGGCAACUCAGCUUCUGAGGCCUGAGCUUCUGCCCGCAGGUGUCUGCGCCGAGGCCCCAGGGCACAGCUUAGUUCGACCCCAUGGUGGGUUUUGGAGCUAACCGGCGGGCCGGCCGCCUGCCCUCCUUCGUGUUGGUGGUGCUGCUGGUGGUGAUCGCGGUCCUCGCCUUCAACUACUGGAGUAUCUCCUCCCGCCACGUCCUGCUUCAGGAGGAGGUGGCGGAGCUGCAGGGCCAGGUCCAGCGCACUGAGGUGGCCCGUGGGCGCCUGGAGAAGCGCAAUUCCGACCUCCUGCUCUUGGUGGACUCGCACAAGAAACAGAUCGACCAGAAGGAGGCCGACUACGGCCGCCUCAGCAGCCGGCUGCAGGCCAGGGAGGGCCUGGGGAAAAGAUGCGAGGAUGACAAGGUUAAACUACAGAGCAACAUAUCAUAUCAGAUGGCAGAUAUACAUCAUUUAAAGGAGCAACUUGCUGAACUUCGUCAGGAGUUUCUUCGACAAGAAGACCAGCUUCAGGACUACAGGAAGAACACUACUUACCUUGUGAAGAGGUUAGAAUAUGAGAGUUUUCAGUGUGGACAACAGAUCAAGGAGUUAAGAGCACAACAUGAAGAAAAUAUUAAAAAGUUAGCUGACCAGUUUUUGCAGGAACAAAAGCAAAACUCAAACAAGUUUGAAUCAAAAGAUGAAAAUGAUUUGGGUAUAAACAAUCAUGCAGUACCUAAAAACAUUCCCAAAGUAGCUGAGAAUGCUGCAGAUAAGAACGAAGAACCAUCAAGCAAUCAUAUUCCACAUGGGAAAGAACAAAUCAAACGAGGUGGUGAUGCAGGAAUGCCUGGAGUAGAAGAGAAUGACCUUGCAAAAGUUGAAGAUCUUCCUACUGCUCUAAGGAAACCCUCUAUUUCUGUUUCUCAAUAUGAAAGUCAUCAAGCAAUCUCCCAUAUUCCAACUGGACAACCUCUCUCCCCAAAUAUGGCUCCAGAUUCUCAUGGACAUCACAAUGGAAAUGCUGGAACUUCAAAACAGAACCCUUCCAACCCUCUUCAGCGUUUAAUUCCAGGCCCGAACUUGGAGAGUGUACCCAGAAUUCAAGCAGAUAUACUAAAGCAGGCUACCAAGGAUAGAGUCGGUGAUUUCCAUAAGUUGAAGCAAAGCCGAUUCUUUGAUGAGAAUGAAUCCCCUGUUGAUCCGCAGCAUGGCUCUAAACUGGCGGAUUAUAAUGGGGAUGAUGGUAACGUAGGUGAGUACGAGGCAGACAAGCAGGCUGAGCUGGCUUACAAUGAGGAAGAAGAUGGUGAUGGUGGAGAGGAAGACGUCCAAGAUGAUGAAGAACGAGAACUUCAGAUAGAUCCUGCAGACUAUGGAAAGCAACGUUUCAAUGAUGUUCUUUAAGCCCUAAAGGAAAACUUCAGAAAACCUAAAGUGCUGUAAAAUGGAAUCAUUUCUACUUUGUUGUUUUUGACUUUUGUUGUAAAGAUCAGUUGUAAAGAUACAUGAGAUAGAUUUAAGGAAAAACUUUAAUGAAGAAAUGUACCCAUGUACAUAGGUGAACUUUUUCAUAUUGUAUUAUUAAAGCAGAGAUUUUUUUGGUUGUAUUACAGUUGAGCCAAAAACAAAAUAAGCAAAACUGUAAUCUUUGCGUUUAAAAUGAACUAAUAUAUAUUUUACAUUUUAUUGAGCCCAAUUCUUUCCACAAAUGAACAGAUAGGAAAAAUUGGUUGUACAGUUUAUAUGUUGCACAUAGCAUAACCCCAGUGAGAACAGUUACUCAGAUGAAAAACUUUUUAUUCACUAAUAUAUUCUUGCUAGCCCAACAACUGUUCUGUUCUAUCUACCCCUCAUCUCAUGCUUUUCAUGGAGUUAUACCUAGAAUAGUUACAUAAAAGAGGGGUUGGAACCUGAAAGCCAAACACUGGGCAGCAUGUGUGCAAAAUCAUUUCCCUCCCCUACUUCUUUUAUUUUAUAGAGUGCUGAUAUGUUCCGGCAGAUUAGCUUUCAGCUGGUGCUUGAUGGAAGUUGAGGUAACCUGCAAAGACAUAAUAUUUAUGAGUUAUACCUUACUUAAUUCAUGAAAUUGUGAAAUGCAUGAUUGACAAUAUACUUUCAAUUUUUAUUUUUUCCGCAUCAUACUAGUACUGUUUAACUGUCAUUGGCUAAAAUUUUUAUAUUUUCAGAGUCCACGUUGGUGAAAAUAUUCAUGAUUUAAAUGCCAGAUUCUGAAAGAAGAUAAAUCAACUUUGAAAUGAAUCUGUAAUCAGUAUUUCAAAGCUUCUCUGGUAGUUAUAGUGAUCUUAUUUGACUAGAAUUUUUCAGAAGUACUAAAUAAGGAGUUUUAACAGGUUUUUAUUAAUGCACAGAUAGGUAGAAGUACAGUGAGGUCUACAGCCAUUUUAUUAAAAUAGCUUAAAAGUUUGUAAUAAAGAUGAAGAAUCUUUGUAAUUAAUAUGUUGUUAAGAACCCAUAAACCUCAUAUUUGCUAGACUUACAAAAUUAUUUUAAAUCCAUUUGUCUUUUCUGACACUAUUCCAUAAAAUGCAUAAGCUAGUUAUAGUUAAUCCCUGCUUUUGGAUUUAAAUCUUUUAAAUUUUCUCCCCCACCACAAAAUAAAAGGUUUGAUCAUAAGGAGAAAUUUAAGGUUGUUAACUCUGCUUUUUCAGAAAGACUUCUGUUAAUUGCACAUAAACAUGAAAUCCACCACCACCCCUCACUUUGUGCUCAGGUUCUAGUAAAAAAUUCAGAUUUAAAGAGGUAAAAAAGGUGUUCACUUAUUAGUGGUGCAAAAAUUCUUGGACUUCAGUUUGAAAUUAUUUACUAACCAGGAAAAGAUAGUGAUUUACUAAAAUUAUUAUUUCUACCAAAUCAAAGUAAGCAAUUCAUGCCUUUGCUGAGUGUACUCAGGCCUAUAAUGAAUAGGUAUGCUAAUUCACAGAAUUUUAAAAAAUGGAGUUAAAGGGAAUUGAUGUACACUAUUUGGGUAUUAGGGUGGGAAGAUGAAUCUAAAACAUACUUCUAGUAAUACUUUAUAUUUAAUACUGUAAAAUCUUUACAAAUGAAAACCAUGAAAUUUCCUGCCUUCAUUUGUCAUAAAAACAAUCACUUAAUUAUAUGGUAGCUAUUACUUAUACAACAAAAUUUCUUUAAUUAAUCUAUACAUUUUAUAAACUGAGAAAUCUUGGACCAAUUGAUAAUAUUUCUGACUGUAUUAACAUUUUAGUGCUAUAAAAUACUAUGUGAAUCUCUUAAAAUUCUGACAUUCUACAGUCUGUAAUAGACAUGCCGGUUUUUAUAAUAUUUUACUUCUGCCUUAAGAUUUAGGUUUUUUACAUGUAUUUUUGCCCGGAAUUAAGUGUUAAUUUGAUGGAAACUCUGCUUUUAAAAUCAUCACUUACUGGGUUCUAAUAAAUUAAAAUUAAACUUGUUUUA